CGUGACGUGCGGGGCCUGCGGCAGGGCCACUGCGUUGUCCGCCUCGCCAGCCACUCGUCACCCACCACGCACUGGCCCAGGGAUGGGACCCCUUGGGCGCACGUCCCCCCAACAUCCAUGGGAUGGGACCCAGGGCACUGCCAGGAUGAAGUUCACAGCCCGGACAGACUUUUCAGGGAUGCCAGGCCUUGGAAGUGAUGGGGACCCCGCCUUGUGCCCAGAGAUGAGGGGGGCCGGGGGUCAUCCGUGUGUCCUCUGAGUGGCACCACCAUGCCAGCACCCAUCCCUGGACCUCAACACAAGGCUGGCAGCAGGCGGGCGAGGAUGUGACCCCCUGGCAAUGCCCAAACACCUUGAGGAUGGGCAAUGGGCUGGUGAGCACUGGUGCGGCGGCACAGGAUGGAGCCCUCCUUGCCCGCCCCGUGGGCCUGGAAUGGCUCUAGGGCAGCGCGGGGUCUCCAGCCCUCCCCAGGCCCUGUGCCCCCCAAUGGCACAGCCGAUGGCAAACCCAAAGACAUGGCCUCAAAAUCGGUGGGGCUAUUCUUCAUGCUGCUCAUUGACCUGACGGCCAUCGUGGGCAACGCCGCCGUCAUGACCGUCAUCGUGAAGACGCCGGCGUUGCGCAAAUUCGUCUUCGUCUUCCACCUCUGCCUGGUGGACUUCUUGGCCGCCCUCACCCUGAUGCCACUGGAGAUGCUCUCUGGAUCAGCUGUCUUCGACAGCCCAGUUUUCGGCGAGGCCAUGUGCCGCGUUUACCUGUUCCUCAGCGUCUGCUUCAUCAGUAUGUGCAUCCUCUCCAUCUCCACCAUCAACGUGGAGCGGUACUACUAUGUGGUGCACCCCAUGCGCUACGAGGUGAGGAUGACGGUGGGGCUGGUGGCCUGUGUCCUCGUUGGCGUCUGGCUCAAAGCUGUGGCCACCUCCCUCGUCCCUGUGCUGGGCUGGUUGUCCCCUGACCGCCCGCCGGUGCCCGCUGGCCGCGGCUGCUCCUUGCAAUGGAGCCGUGGUCCCUACUGCAAGUUCUUCGUGAUCUUCUUCGCCGUUUUCUACUUCCUCCUGCCCCUCCUCAUCAUCGUGGUGGUCUACUGCAGCAUGUUCAAGGUGGCACGGGUGGCUGCCAUGCACCACGGCCCCCUCCCCACCUGGAUGGAGACACCACGACGGCGCUCUGAGUCGCUCAGCAGCCGCUCCACCAUGGUUACCACCUCGGGAGCUCCUCGUACCACCCCGCAGAGGACGUUUGGUGGGGGCAAGGCAGCUGCCAUCCUGCUGGCCGUGGGGGGCCAAUUCCUCUUCUGCUGGUUGCCCUACUUCUCCUUCCACCUCUACACUGCCCUGAGCACUCAGCCCUUGGUGGGGCCGGCGGCUGAGACUGUGGUCACUUGGCUCGGUUACUUCUGCUUUACCUCCAACCCUUUCUUCUACGGCUGCCUCAACCGGCAGAUCCGGGGGGAACUGGGACGGCUCCUCACUUGUUUCUUCAAGCAGCCACCUGAGGAGGACCUGCGGUUGCCCAGCCGGGAGGGCUCCAUCGAGGAGAACUUCCUCCAGUUCCUCCAGGGCACCGGUUGUCCUGCCGAGCCCCAGCCCCGCACUCCCAGCCCCAAGCAGGACCAGAUCCCAGUCGAUUUUCGCAUCCCAGGGCAGAUUGAUGAGGACACAGCAGAGGCACCGGAGAGGCGGGAACAGCAGGAUGGGAAUGGGGUCUUCAUGCCAGUGGUGCCCUCUCCCAAAGCGGAGCUGUAGCGUUGGGCUGGGGCCUUGGGGACAAACAUGGCUGCAAGGGGAGAUCUGGUCUGAGUGUCAUGCUGGGCACGGUGGGGACCUGCACUGCCGCUGUGGGGGCUUGGGGGCCCCAUGGCACUCGCUGCAAUGGGCCAUCAGGUUUGGGGAUGGGUGGCCGGACGAGGUGGGUUGGUGGCCACCAGCCACUGGGUUUGGGGAUGGGUGGCCGGACGAGGUGGGUUAGUGGCCACCAGCCACUGGGUUUAGGGAUGGGUGGCCAGGGGAGGUUUGGUGGCCAUCACCCCAGGGCAACUGUUGCAUGGUAGGGCCAAGUGUGGGAGCCGAGGGGUGGGUUUUGGGGUCACCCCUCUCCUGGCACAGAGCUCAGGACCAGCCUCCCUCACCCCUGGGUGGCCCCAGCGCCUGUGCAGCCAGGAGGUGGCGUGGGAGCGCGGUGCUGUCUCCUCUCCCCAGCCCCGGGGAAGGUGAUCCCCCGGGCCCGCCCCACAGCCGGGUGGCCAAGCCCUGUCUCCCUGGGGAGCGUGGGGCAGCCAUGUGCCCCUGCCACCCAGAGAACUACAUC